GAAGCUUAUGACUUCAAAUUUGACUAAUUCUUUUAAGAAAAAAUUAAACCUUAAACCCUAAUAAAACGUAAUCAAGUUUGAAGUAAAACAUGAAUGAGAAAGCGGCCCCACAGCGGCUGCCUAGUUUGUAACGAAGCCUAACUGUUUUUUAAGUUCAUUCAACAAUGGCGUUCCUCUGUUCUGACCAAUCUACCCCUUCACACACACACUGCGCAUGAACAUAUACGUGCAACCAACUGAAUCUACACACUCACACCGCGCAUUUGCAUAAAUACUGCGCCCAAGCUGUCAGAUCCGAUCCAAUCAAACACAGCAAUCUUCUGAAAAAAUUAAGAGAAUUUUCAUGGCGGCGGAGCGCGGCGAGAAAUGGGUUCUGAGUGUGACGGCGCAGACGCCGACGAACAUAGCGGUGAUUAAGUACUGGGGGAAGAGGGACGAGGAGCUGAUUCUUCCGAUCAACGACAGCAUCAGCGUCACGCUCGACCCUGGCCACCUCUGCACCACCACCUCCGUCGCUGUCAGCCCCGCCUUCACCCAUGAUCGUAUCUGGCUCAACGGAAAGGAGGUAUCUCUUUCUGGAGGCAGAUUCCAAAAUUGCUUGAGAGAACUUCGCUCACGUGCCACUGAUUUUGAGGAUGAGAAGAAGGGUAUCAAGAUCAACAAAAAGGACUGGGAGAAGCUGCGAGUGCACAUUGUUUCUUAUAACAAUUUCCCUACGGCUGCUGGUUUAGCAUCGUCGGCUGCUGGUUUGGCAUGCCUGGUUUUUUCCCUGGCAAAGCUAAUGAAUGUGAAAGAAGAUCACAGCAAACUGUCUGCUAUUGCAAGGCAAGGCUCAGGAAGUGCUUGCCGCAGCUUGUAUGGUGGAUUUGUCAAGUGGAUCAUGGGAAAAGAGGAUAAUGGCAGUGACAGUAUUGCUGUGCAACUUGCCGAUGAAAAGCAUUGGGAUGACCUCGUUAUUAUUAUUGCAGUGGUAAGUUCAAAACAGAAGGAAACUAGUAGUACAUCCGGAAUGCGUGACACGGUUGAAACCAGUGCUCUUAUAAAACAUAGAGCAAAGGAAGUAGUACCGAAGCGUAUAAAAGAAAUGGAAGAAGCUAUAGCUAAGCGUGAUUUUCCAUCCUUUGCUCGUCUGGCUUGUGCCGAUAGUAAUCAGUUCCAUGCAGUUUGCUUGGACACCCUGCCCCCCAUAUUCUACAUGAAUGACACGUCUCACAGGAUUAUCGGCUGUGUUGAGAAAUGGAAUCGUCAUGAAGGAUCACCUCAGGUGGCUUAUACCUUUGAUGCUGGGCCAAAUGCAGUACUAAUCUCAAAAAACAGAAAGACUGCAGCCCUUCUGCUUCAGAGGCUGCUCUUUCACUUCCCUCCUCAAUCAGAUGCUGAUUUGAACAGCUAUGUCAUUGGUGACAAGACAAUACUAAAAGAUGCUGGCAUUGAGGACUUGAAGGAUAUCGAAGCUUUGGCUCCACCUCCUGAAAUUAAGGAGAAUGCUUCAACCCAGAGAUGUAGGGGAGACGUUAGCUACUUUAUCUGCACAAGACCUGGAAGAGGUCCCGUUGUGCUAGCCGAUGAAAGCCAGUCCCUUAUUAACCCUGAAACUGGGCUGCCCAAGUAAAUAGUAUCGUUUUAAAAGUCGUGUUCUUACUAAGAAGAUUCAAGCUGUGAACCUUUACAUUUGUUGUUGUGAGGAGUUUUUCUUGUUAAGCCGUUUCCUCUUGUUUUUCACCAAAUUAUUGUGUAAACAUCCCUUCAAAAUUAUUAACAAAUAAAUUGAGUUUUCCAUAA